AUGCAGCCUCCAGUUCUCCACUCUGGCGCCACUUUGGCAGACGAGCGCCGGCAGAUGCCCUCGCGGCCUGCCGGCGAACGUCCGUCCGGCGAGAACGCGCGCCAUAAUGGACGCACGGAGCGCGCCUCGCACGGAAAUGGCAUGAGGCCGCGAGGGCAUCUGCCGGCGCUCGUCUGCCAAAGUGGCGCCAGAGUGGAGAACUGGAGGCUGCAUAUUCAAACGGCCGAGGCGGUCUACCGUCCGGCGGCGGCGGUCUACCGUUCGGCGGCUGAAAAAGGGGUAGACCAGUCUACCGCGGUCUACCAAGUCUACCGGUAG